AUGACCGAGGAAGUUCCGACAUUUUCUGAAGCCUUAAGAGUGCAGCAACAGGUGCACUUACUUUUGAAUCACCUCAUCGCGGUAGUACACGGGCUUGAACCUGCCACUUCGGAGUCACUUUUCGGACCUUCGGAGGAGGCUCUCAUUUGCUGGACUCUCAUCGUAGCCAUACUUCAGUUGAACAAAGAGGCUAUCAUCAAUGUCUUCUCCCUUCUACUCCGCAAAACAGAUCCCGUCAUUAUUGAUGGUAUCGCUCCGCCGGCGCCACCGUCAAUACUGCCACUCCUACUUCGUCGCAUCUUGAGCGGGAUUGAGGCACUAGAGCGCUCUCUUUCGACCAAUUCUCAGGCCAAUCCCGAAUAUUCCGCAUUUUUUACUGACUUAAAACCAACCAUUUGGUGCGUUUGGGCUAAAUUUCAUAAUUUUAGUGGGUCUAUUUGCAUCAAAAAAUUAUGA